GUGUUCAACUCAGUCCCAUGAUCCCUUGCGGUGCCAUCGAUAACAACAGCUUCGAUUUGCUAACAACAUCGGCGCAGCGUAUUUUAUAUCCAUUAUCAAAUAUAGUCGCAUUUUUUUUCAAGGUUGACACUCGAUGCGUUUGGUUUGGAUAAAGUUCUGCUGAUCAGAUUAUAAAUUCACCGAAUAUCGUAGUCAAGACGUUGAUAGUUAGCCGUGUUGACAAAUGAAUCUAGUAUCUCUUCAUUCAGGACUGAGAGCAGCUGUGGGGCACCGUGCCCCUGGAUCUCCACAUUACCAGAUAUCUGAAUGACAUCCAUGGAUCAGGACUAUGAGCGCAGGUUACUGCGACAGAUCAACGUCCAAAAUGACAACACCAGUCCCAUGAAAGUAAGAGAUGUGAUCUGUCAUCUGACUCCCACCCCUGAGUCACCGCUAUCAUCACCAAGCAAGCAUGGAGACAGAUUCAUACCGUCUCGAGCUGGAGCUAACUGGAGCAUCAACUUCCACAGAAUAAAUGAAAAUGAAAAGUCACCAAGCCAGAAUAAAAAAACCAAAGACGCAACAUCAGAUACUGGCAAAGCGGACGGCUUGGCAUAUUCUGCCCUUUUGAAGAAUGAGUUGCUUGGUGCUGGGAUUGAAAAGGUCCUGGAUCCUCAAACAGAAGAUAGAAGACUACAGCCCUCCACACCCGAGAGGAGGAGCCUCUUUAGUUAUUCACUCAGUGCCAAAAGAUCCACACCCGACGAUAACAGUGUUUCCCCGUACUCCCUCUCCCCUGUUAGCAGCAAAAGUCAAAAGCUUCUGCGGUCACCAAGAAAACCCACACGCAAAAUUUCCAAGAUUCCUUUUAAGGUGCUAGAUGCACCGGAGCUACAAGAUGAUUUCUACCUCAACUUAGUGGACUGGUCCUCUUUAAAUGUUCUCAGUGUUGGGCUGGGGACUUGUGUUUAUCUUUGGAGUGCCUGCACCAGUCAGGUAACGCGACUAUGUGACCUAUCAGUGGAGGGUGAUUCAGUUACAUCUGUGGGCUGGUCGGAGAGGGGCAAUCUUGUCGCUGUGGGUACACACAAAGGCUUUGUACAAAUUUGGGAUGCUACUGCCGGCAAAAAGCUGUUUGCCUUGGAGGGACACACAGCAAGAGUUGGUGCACUGGCCUGGAAUGCAGAUCAGCUGUCAUCAGGCAGCCGGGACCGGAUGAUACUUCAGAGAGAUAUCAGGACGCCCCCUCUGCAGUCAGAGCGCAGGCUGCAGGGCCAUAGACAAGAGGUCUGCGGACUCAAGUGGAGCACUGACCAUCAGCUGCUGGCCUCCGGAGGAAAUGACAACAAGCUGUUGGUGUGGAAUCACUCUAGUGUGUUACCAAUGCAGCAGUACACAGAACACCUGGCCGCAGUGAAGGCCAUCGCCUGGUCUCCUCACCAGCAUGGACUGCUGGCCUCCGGAGGGGGAACGGCAGACCGCUGCAUCCGCUUCUGGAACACUCUGACAGCGCAGCCACUGCAGUGUAUCGACACAGGCUCACAAGUCUGCAACCUGGCCUGGUCCAAACACACCAAUGAACUGGUCAGCACACACGGUUACUCUCAGAAUCAGAUCCUCGUGUGGAAAUACCCCUCGCUCACUCAAGUUGCCAAAUUGACCGGCCACUCGUACAGGGUGCUCUAUCUGGCAAUGUCUCCAGAUGGAGAAGCAAUAGUGACUGGCGCAGGCGAUGAAACUCUGCGUUUUUGGAAUGUAUUUAGUAAAACACGAUCAACAAAGGAAUCUGUGUCCGUUUUAAACCUGUUCACCAGAAUACGAUAACUGGGCUUCUAAAGCGGAUCGAGUCUUUAUAACAUAUCUAUGUCAUCAGUCACACGCAGUGGACUGAGAUCUACACCAAAAGAUCUACGGGUCUCAUCCACAACACUUUUUUUCCCUUCCCUGACAUUUCAUUUUAAGUUAAAAUGUUAUGUUUACUUUUA